AUGGGUUUCCGGAGACUUAUAAAUAAAAUUCGAAAUGCUGAUAACUUCACUGCACCAUAUAGAAUGGCAUCUGAACAUUUACAGCGGAAUGAAUGGGUAAUGAAAGAAAAUCAUCUAAUUCACGUUCAAGAUUCAUCGGCAUCGGAAGAUACAGACGAGAAACGAAUCAAUCUGAAUAAUGUUUCUACAUUGGAUUGUGAUGAGGAACGGUCCUAUGAUGAGGAAAACAAAAGACGGGGUGGAUUCGCCAGAAUACCAGAAUGCUGUAUGUGUAUGUCGUGUCCAUGCCUUUCCGGCCUUUUACUCGGUAUACUGACAGGUGGUUUGUUAUUAGCGGUGCUAAUUGCACUUUGGUUAACUUCUUCUACCCGACAAACACUGACGACACAAUUAGUGUCAACUGCAGUAGUUUCAACAAAAUCUACAACGGCAGCACCAACUGUUACGACGACAACAACCACCACAGAAUCUACAACACCAACAGUAACUGUUACAACAACAACAACUUCGACAUCAUCAAGUUUGUCGUCAACGAUCUCCCUCACUUUGACCACUUCAACGUCAUCAACAACGUCGUCAAGUUCGACAACUACAAUUGUAUGUAUGAAUCUUACGACGCAAGUGAUCUAUCCAACUGGCUCUGGAUCUCGACCAUUUCCCGUAACAACCGGCGAUCUUAAUGGGGACAAAAAGCCCGACAUUAUUGUCGGAAUGUCUGGCGUGGAUGAAAUCGGUAUUCUCUUUAAUAAUGGCAAUGGUACGUUCGAUGCCCCAGUCGACUAUGCAGUGAGUUCUGGUUUGAUGUGGUCUUUGGAAGCAGCUGAUGUCGAUUUAGACGGGGACCUCGAUAUCGUUGUCGCAAAUGCCGACGCAGAUAAUGUUGGCGUACUUCUCAACAACGGUUCUGGUGCAUUUCUUCCACAAAUUAUCUAUUCAACUGGAAACAACUCUAAGCCACAUUCUUUGGCAAUUGCUGAUGUCAACUUUGACAGCAAACCGGACAUUAUCGUUGCGAAUUUUGGUUUAAAUGUUGCCGGUGUUCUCAUCAACACUGGUAGUGGCACAUUUGCUGCUCAAGUGACCUAUCCAGCUGGCAGUAGCCCACACUCUGUUGCAGUAAAUGACAUCAACCUUGAUGGCAAACCAGACAUUAUUGUUGCCAAUAGAGAUUCAAAUGACAUUAGUGUUUUGCUCAAUACAGGCACUGGUACAUUUGCUUCUCAGGUGACCUAUGCAACUGGCUCACAGCCGCACUCUGUGACAGUUGGUGAUGUAGAUGUCGAUGGUAAACAAGACAUUAUUGUUGCAAACAAGGUUUCAAACACUGUCGGUGUUCUCCUCAACAACGGCUCUGGCACAUUUCUUCCUCAAGUCACCUAUUCAACUGGCACAGCACCGUAUUUCGUAACAGUUGGAGAUAUUGACGGCGACAGCAAAGUUGACCUCAUCGUCGCCAAUUCAGGUUCGAAGAACGUCGGUGUUCUGCUCAACGCAGGCAAUGGCACAUUUAAGUCUCAACAGACAUAUGCAACUAGUUAUUCUUUGUAUGCUGUAACAACGGCCGAUGUAGACGUCGAUGAAACUAAUGCUAAAAAAGAAAGUCUUGGUCAUGUAGUAUUGAUAACAGCUCCUUUAUUUGGUCAUAUGAUUCCACUAUUAGAUUUUGCCAAACGUUUAUCCGAAUAUCAUCAUGUAACUUAUAUCGUAUCGGCAUCAAAACUCGACAUUCUUAAACAACAUGUAUUUAUUAAUCAAUCUGAAACUAAUAUUUCAAAACAAUUAAGAAUAGAAUUCAUUGGUUUACUUGAUGGUAAUAAUGAUGAUUAUCAAACAGUGAAUGGGUACCGGUUAGAACACGAAUUCGGUAUGGGUCGACAUAUGUUGAAUACCGAUCUUGCCAGUGGUCAACGAAUAAUCACAAGUGAUGAACUAACAUCGUAUUUGAAAGAAAUAUUCGCCCGAGAAAUGGAAUAUUUACAAAACGCGCAACAUAUUCAAGACGUUAUUUUCCAUGCAAAAGAAAAUAGUUCACGUCUGGACGUUGAGAAGGUUAUCAAGAUCAUCGACGAUCAAGCAAGUAAACGCAUGAAAAAGCAUCACGAACUAUAA